AUGUCUACUGACGUCUCAGAAGAAGCACCCGCCCAGUGUGAAGCGAAGGAGAUCCAAGCCAAGCUCGAGGCAGUCUUCCGACGCCAGCGCACUAACGAUAAACAGCCUGUCGUCCGUCCUUGUGGAAUCAUCAAUGCGCGCAGUGCUAUGCAUCAUCACGAAGCCGUGUCGAAUGUCCUUAUCCUGAUUGAGGAGAUAUAUUCACUCCCUGUGCACACAAGCGACAACAUUUGA